UUUAACUAAUAUAACAACAUAAUUUUUUAUUUGUUUAUUUAUUUUUGGUAUUAACCUUCUCCGUUAAGGUUUUGUUACUCUCAUGACCAUGGCUAAACCAAAAACUGCGAGACGAACCCUAGAGUCAUACUCAGUCAAACACAUGAACAAAUCCAUUAAAGCUGGCGAUUGUGUGCUUAUGCGACCUUCUGAGCCGUCGAAGCCGUCGUACGUGGCUAGGAUUGAAGGGAUCGAAGCUGAUUCACGAGGUGCGAAUGUGAAAAUUCAUGUGCGUUGGUAUUAUCGGCCGGAGGAGUCGCUUGGUGGCCGGCGUCAGUUUCAUGGCUCCAAAGAGGUUUUUCUGUCCGAUCACUUUGAUGUUCAGAGUACUGAUACGAUUGAGGCCAAGUGUAUUGUUCACAGUUUUAAGAGUUACACUAAGCUUGAUGCGGUUGGAAAUGAUGAUUUCUUCUGUCGUUUUGAGUAUAAUUCGUCUACCGGUGCUUUUAAUCCUGAUAGAGUUGCUGUGUAUUGUAAAUGUGAGAUGCCCUACAACCCAGAUGAUCUUAUGGUCCAGUGUGAAGGCUGCAUUGAUUGGUUUCAUCCGGCUUGUAUAGACAUGACCGUGGAGGAAGCCCAAAGACUCGACCACUUCUUCUGUGAAGCUUGUUCUGUGGAAGGUCAAAAGCAGCUGCAAAAUUCUCAUUCUGCUACAAGACCCUCAGAUACAAAGGUGGAUACUAAGCGCCGUCGAAGGUAAAGUGAUAGAAUAUAAGUUAGAGCUAUAAUGGAGGGACCCUUGCUUUUCUAAUCCUGGGUAGGAGGUGAACAAACUUGAAGACAAUGGUAUUUAAUAGUAAAACUGUAAAAGUCUUUCUGGAGACUAAUUUAAAAAAGUUUGUCAAUGGUUUGAGUAUGCAUCUUGUGUUCCCUUGGAAGUGGAGGAUGUGUUUCUUUUGUCUUUGUAAUUAUUAUGUGAGGUAGAUUUUCCAUCAAUCCCUUUCAGGUCCUUGUUCUUUACUUGGACUUUUGUAAAGUAGCUUGACUUAUUUACAACUAGUAGCCACUACUGCUACUACUCUUUAGUAAAGGAGCAAGACUUUCUAUUC